CGAAAAGGACCCUGAAAAAACAAGAUCAAAAUUAGAACAACAAAUGAAGAAAUUGAAAGCAACAGAAAAGAAAUCACUUACUUUGGAUGAUCUGGAUGUCGCAGAAUCGGAAAUAAUCAAAUUCAGUCAAAGACAGCAGUUUGGAGAAGAAAUCCAAGUACUGGAGAAAGGUAAACAGCUUAGUCGCAGCAGUCAGCUGUUUAAAUUGGAUCCGAUUCUUCAAGAUGGCACGUUAAGGGUUGGCGGAAGACACAAUAAGUCUGCCAUGCCAGAAAAUGCUAAACAUCCAGCAAUUAUUUCAAAACACAGCAGAGUUGCUACAUUGAUUUUGAGAGAUAUACACGAAAGAACAGGACAAUGCGGACGCAGUUAUGUCUUGGCACAACUGAGAUGCAGGUACUGGAUCCCACAAGCCAAUUCUGCAGUUCGAAAGAUAAUCAACAAAUGUACAGUGUGUCGCAGGAUUAAUGGAAAGGUUGGCGAACAAAAGAUGGCAAACCUGCCUGAAGAUAGGCUCUUGCCAGAUAAGCCUCCUUUCACAAAUACCGGUGUUGAUUUCUUCGGGCCGUUUGAUGUCAAGCGGGGCCGGAGUACAGUCAAAAGGAGAGGUCAAGUUACCAUCAUGCGUUCUGACAACGGCACAAAUUUUGUGGCCGCUGAAAGAGGGUUGAGAGAAGCCAUUCAACGGCUGGAUAAUGACAAGAUUGAAAAGGCCUUGCAACCAAAGGGAAUAAAGUGGAUAUUCAAUAGCCCAGCUGCUUCGCACCAAGGCGGGGUUUGGGAAAGACAAAUUCGGACUGUGCGAAGAAUCCUUAACUCCCUUCUGAAAGAGCAAGCAGUGAACGAUGAUUGUCUUCUGACAAUAAUGUGUGAGGUCGAAAGCAUUAUCAAUGGUAGGCCGCUUACCACUGUUUCAGAUGAUGUGAAUGACGUAGAACCUCUAACACCCAAUCAUUUACUGCUGUUGAAAUCUCAACCCAACAUGCCUCCAGGGAUUUUCAGCAAAGAUGACAUGUACACAAGAAAGAGAUGGAAGCAAGUUCAAUAUCUUGUGGAUUUAUUUUGGACUAGAUGGACGUGUGAAUACCUUUCACUUCUUCAGGAAUGCCAGAAAUGGUUAAAGCCAAGAAGAAACUUCAUGACAGGAGAUGUCGUGUUACUAGUGGAUAGUUCUUCCCCACGGAACUCCUGGCUCAUGGGAAAGGUAGUUGAAACGUUGUCGGAUUCCAAUGGAACAGUUAGAAGAGUCAAAAUAAAGACCAAGACCAACACUCUGGAAAGGCCUGUAAACAAACUGUGCUUGUUGGAAGAGGCGAUGUCUGAAGAGUGAAGAAAGAAGAAACAAGUUGAUAGUUUAUGGACAUUUAGAAAUUGUUUGGCUCUCAGUGUUUAAGUUUAUAAUUGCUUAGUCUUCUUGCCUAACCAAUUAGGGGCCGGGUAAUGUAAGAGCCACGUAAGGAUUAGUUCAUCUGAAAUAAUAAUUUAGUAAAAAUAAUAAGAAAAUAUUUCAUGAAAAUUCAUAAGAAAGUUUUUGGUUUAAAAUGCAUAUUUAGUAAUGUUUAGAUCUGGUUAUAUUUAAUUAUUUUGAGCUUCCAGUCAGAUCGCACUACGUCAUAACAUAA